AUGUAUGUUGGAUACCUACUGGAUAAAGAAAGCGGCAUGUAUCACCAAGGGCCAGUAAGAAGAUCAAGCAUCAAUCUGCCUCCACAGAACUUUGUUUCUACACCACAGUACCCCGACUUUACUGGAUACCAUCAUGUGCCAAACAUGGAUACGCACGGACAGUCUUCGGGGAGUUGGGGACCCUCUUAUGGCGCUCCACGAGAGGAUUGGGGUGCAUAUAGUCUGGGACCCCCUAACGCUAUUCCCACACCCAUGAACAACUCCUCUCCUGGACAGGUUCCUUACUGUUCGACUGAGUACAGUCAUAUGCAUCCUCCGGGAUCUGCGGUGCUACAGCCGCCACCGGACAACGUUACUGUCGCACAACUUUCUCCUGAGAGAGAAAGACGUAAUUCAUACCAGUGGAUGAGUAAAACUGCUCAGUCAUCGUCCACAGGUAAAACGAGAACGAAGGAGAAAUACAGGGUAGUGUACACAGAUCACCAGAGACUGGAGCUGGAGAAGGAGUUUCAUUUCAACAGAUACAUCACCAUCAGGAGGAAGUCUGAGCUGGCUGUCAACCUCGGUCUGUCUGAAAGACAGGUGAAAAUCUGGUUCCAGAACCGCCGAGCAAAGGAGCGGAAGAUGAUCAAGAAGAAGAUGGGUCAGUCCGACGGCAGCGGCGGCUCGGUGCACAGCGACCCGGGCUCGGUGAGUCCUCUGCCGGUGCCGGGCUCGCUCAGCCCCACAGACAUCCACGGCUCUCUGUACCCUCCUCAGGGGAUGAACACGCUGCCGUCCAUCAGGAACAUACAGCAGGUGACUGUGACUCAGUAG